GGAAGAGUGGAAAAUCUAAGUGAAACCCUUGACUUCUCAAAGAUACUUACUAAUAUGCUUUCUAUCAAUGAAUCAUUUAAGGGUUUUGAAGACACCAAUGGCAGAGUCUUCCAGUGAUUCAGAUCCUAUCCUUUGCGGCUCAUCUGGUAGACGAGGACCUACCAGAGUAACUGGUAGAGCUAGAAAUCAAAGGUCAGCAGAUGUUACUGAGAAGAUCCACACCUUAACAAGCACUUUACAGGAUACCAAUAGAAAUCUGCGACAUGUUGACCAGAUGCUGGGACGGUACAGAGACUACAGUAAUGAACAGACUGAAGCAAUAGCAAACUUAAAGGAGACUUUGGAGCAAUCCAUAGGCCAAUUAAGGAGUCAGCGUUUCUUAAGAAACUCCAGAGCAAGAAGUGCAUCUCUUUCGAGUUUGUAUAUAAGUGACCUUGAUGGAAGAGCAGCAACAGACAGCUGCCGCUUCCCACCAACAUCCCCUCUCAGGGACAGUGGAGACGCACAGGGUUCCAGGCAGCGACGGUCUAGAUCCAGUAGUGUGCGGUUCAUAGAUGAGCAAGAAGAUUUUGAUCAGCUUCAUUCUUUACACCAGUCCCUCCGAGACCUCAGCAGUGAACAGGUUCGCUUAGGAGAGGAUCUCAGCAGGGAGCUUUCAAGAAGAAACCGAUCGGAUGCAGAAACAAAAAAGAGUUUGGAAGAAUUGUCUGAGAAACUUGAAGAAUCUCAGAGACAAGAAAUGGUCUCUGAACGGGUCGAGAGGCGGCUUCAGGAAAUAGAAAGAGAGAUGCGUACUGAAAGACAGUUGGUGGAAAAACGCCAAGAUCAACUGGGCCAUAUAUCCUUACAGCUGCAGGAGGCUCUAAAGAAACAGGAGGCAAAAUUUGACGAAAGCGAGGGAUUACUGAAAAAUAAACUCAGGAAAUCUGAAAGUGAAAAGAGCCAACUAGAGCAGGAGCUACAGCUGUCCCGAAAGCGGUUGGAUCAGUCGGAAGGCAGCCGAGAAAUGCUUUUGCUUCAGAUAGAAGAUCUGCGUUCCCAACUCUUGAAAUCCGAAGAACAUCGUGUAGGUUUGCAGCAUCAAGUAUCCCAACUUUCCAGACAAUGCCCCGGCCACCCAGAUGAACAAGACGAUGGCAGGAGAUUUAGAACAGUUGCUGAGAGGUCCGAGUGGGAGAAACAAGACCUGGAGCGGCAGAUCCUGGAGCUGAGGACUGAGCUGAACCGAAAUACCAUUCUGUCUGAGGUGGAUGAAUUGAGGCGGUGCCUGGAGCGCAAGGACAAGGAGAAAGCCCAAUUUGCAGCACAAAUAGAGGUGCUAACUUUAGACUUAGAGAAGAGGGAGCAGCAGCAGCUACGGAUGCUGGACCAGCUGAAAGACAUCCAGAACCGCUACGAGGUUUGCGAGACGGAGCGUAGGCAGGCCAAUCUGCAGCUCACCGAGUUGGCGCAACAAGUCGAAGAGUCCACCAAAGAAGCCGAGCGGUACCUCAGUGAGCUCCACCAGUCUGAGGCCCUGAGGCUGGAGGUGGACCGGAAAAAAGAGGAGUUGAAAGCGAAAGCUCAGGAAACCAUUCGACAGUGGAAGCUCAAGUUCAGGAAGGUAGAACAAGACAUGGAGAAGCAAUCUGAGGCUGUUCAUCAACUAACAGACAAGAACAAUCAGGUACUUAAAGAAAAGGAUGACUUGAAGGGCAAACUUUUUGCAGCUCUCCACCAGAUAGAAAACCUCCGAAAGGAAUUGAACGAGCUGUUAUCGAAACGGGUCCAACAAGAAGAAGAGCUUCACCAAAAGGAACUGAAACUCAAGGAAGCCCAGUCUCAACAAAUGGAUCUUGAACAGGAGGUGAGGGACGCCCGGGAUACCACAAAUCGAUUGGAAAAUGAACUGCAAGAACAGAGUCGGCUUCAAAAGCAGACAAAAAUGGAGAGAGAACAUCUGGAGGAAGAAUGUGCCGCGCUAAACAGGCUCCAUGAAAAGGACAAGGAUAGACUUCUAGAGAUGCAAGAAGCCGUCAAGAACCUGAGUGCCAUUCGAGCGGAGUUGGCCAACAACCUAGCCGAGGAAGAGAAAUCCAAGAAAGAGGCAUUGAAGAGCCUUUCUGAUAUCAAGAAGCAGGAAGCAUCACGGCAGGAGGAGAUGACUGCAGCUGUCAGGCAGUUCAAACUAGACAGGGGUGUUCACCAGAGGGAGCUGGAAGAUCUUCGAUCAGAGUUGCAAAAUGUGAAAGCCAAACAUGCACAAAACAUUCAGGAGCUGAUGAAGCAGUUUAAACAAGAACAGGAUGAGGCUGAGAGUCACAUUUGGACAUUGAAGACAGAAAAAGCAGAGGAUCAGAAUUUGGUCGAAGCUCAGCAUUGGCAAGUGGAGAAGAUGAAAGUUGAAUGUGACAGGCUGACAGAAGAGUUAAUGCAGAAUGAGGAGGCAAAUACAAAACUUAAGCAAAAAUACCAGCUCGUGAAGCAGCAACUGGAGGAAAAGGACAAGCAGAUGAGCAGUGAAAGAGAUCACUUGAAGAGGGUAGAGGAGUCCAGAUCACAGCUCAAGGAUCAACUGCUUUGCCUGGAGACGGAACAGAAGUCCAUCCUCAGCAUGAUAGGAAACGAAAUUGACACAGCUUGUGAAAUCUUCUCCAGGGACUUCGUGGAGAAAUUCAGAGCUAUUUCACUUACCCCUGGAUUGCAGAAUGAUCCACAUCGUUGGCUAGCAGAAACUAAGACUAAACUGCAGUGGCUCUGUGAGGAGGUGAAAGAGCGAGAGAAGAAAGAGAGAAAGUUGAGACACCAGCUAUUGCUGAGCAGACAGCAACUCAAGGAUCUGACCCAGAACAAGGAAUCUGAACGUCAGUCACUGUUUGAACAAAUACAGAGACAGGAUCAACUUCUGGGAGAAAUACAUCGUGAAAAGAAAGAUCUGCUGGAGAAGUCACACCGAAGAGAUGAGGAAAUGGAACAUCUGCAGGAUCGUGUAAUUGCCUUAGAAUCGAGUACCCGAGUGGCUUUGGACCAUCUGGAAUCCGUUCCUGAGAAACUGAGCCUCCUGGAAGAUUUCAAAGAGUUUGGAGAGAUUAUCCAUGGCAGGAUAUCGCCCACGGAACACUCCAGAGUGACCAUUCAGGACCACUAUCAUCCAAGAGAGGUGAUUGAAGAAAGAUACGCUAAAUAUAAAGAGAUUAUAGAGUCUCUUCAGCAGCAACUGGAUGCUUCCAAGCACAGAAGUCAGAGCUUCAAAGAUGCAAAAGCCAGUUCAGAUUCUUCCAGUGUUCGAGAGUUGGAACUUUCCUCCAGUUGGCAGGAACACAGCAACUUUUUGUCAACAUCGAUGCUUUCACGUUCAAACUCACUUAUCAAAAAGAUGCCUCCUUUGGAAGCAGCUGCCAUCAAGGAAGAUGCCAGGAAUAUUUCUGUAAAUGGGAUGAGAUCACAAGCCGAAAAGGAUAAACAUUAGGGCAACUGGCAAUUGCAAAACGUAAUCUAACUACUUUCAAUGAGGCACCAGUGAUUUCUAAAUUAACCCAGUUACUCCGGCUCCACUGUGACAAUGCUGCAGCUAACAUUCAUCCAACCUCUGCUUCCGUUCUCAGGAUCUGCUCUUUUCAGCUGUGGCCAACUCAGGUUCUGUGAUUAAAACCCAGAAUUAAAAUAUUGAUCUCUCAGA